GAUAGAUGAGUCAGUUUCCGUUUGGUGGGAGUGGUGUGUUGCCCUUUGGCAGGCAGCCUUUGUACUCAUUCUUGCAAAAGCUGCACGAGAAAUACUCACAACAUCCGCCGAGAGAAAGGCAGAGCUCCUUUUGCUGGGUUCCCUCCACGGACCGUCCGGCUUGGCCGGCUGCAGAGGGUGAAGAUGCUGUGGCACUUACUUUCCGCGCUCCAGGAGGGCUUGUCUCUCCCCGUGGUUCUGGUGUUCCUGGCUACCUUCCUGCUCCUUGCCGACUACCUGAAAGGGAGGCGCCCGAGGGGGUUUCCUCCGGGUCCUGUGCGUCUCCCCUUCCUGGGGAAUCUUCUGCAUGUUAGUGCCAAGAAUCCGUUUUCUGAUAUAGAGAAGCUUAGAGAAAAAUAUGGCAACGUCCUCAGCCUGAAGCUUGGAAGCAUGCAGUUUGUGGUUGUGAGUGGGCUGCCACUGGUGAAGGAGGUCCUUGUCCAUCAAGGUGAAGAUUUUGUAGACCGUCCAGAAUUGCCUUUACCACGUGAACUCUUUGGGUCAGAUGGACUGGUCUUCUCCAAUGGGCUCAGCUGGAAGCAGCACAGGCGGUUUGCCUUAUCCACAUUGAGAAACUUUGGUUUGGGCAAGAGAAGCUUAGAAGAACGAAUCCAGGAGGAAUGCAGAUACCUAACUGAUGCCAUCGAGGAGGAGAAAGGGCAACCCUUUGACCCCCAUUUGCAGAUUAAGAAUGCAGUUUCAAAUGUCAUCUGCUCCAUCACUUUUGGGGACCGUUUUGAGUAUUCUGAUAAUAAAUUCCAGAAGCUAUUGGCCUUGUUUGAAAUAACCACAGAGCUUCAAGGAAGUAUUUGGAUCCAGCUGUUUGACACCUUUCCAACCCUCAUGAAACAUGUGCCAGGUCCCCAUCAGACCCUUUUUAAAAACUGGGGACAUCUCAAAUCAUUCGUGAGAGAAAUCGUUGAAAAGCACAAAGAAGAUUGGAACCCACAUGAAACGAGAGACUUCAUUGAUGCGUAUUUGAAUGAAAUGGCCAAGGAAGACGCUGCUCCCACUUUCCACGAGGAAGGCUUACUACACUGUGCACUGGAUCUGUUUGGUGCCGGAACGGAGACGACUUCUGCAACGCUCCGCUGGGCUCUGCUGUACAUGGCCCUUCACCCAGACAUCCAAGCAAAAGUCCAAGCAGAAAUCGAUUCCGUGACUGGGCAGUCGCGACAGGCGGCACUGGAGGACCGGGAUCGCCUGCCCUACACCAACGCGGUCAUUCAUGAAGUCCAGAGGUUCAGCAACAUCGUGCCUCUAAAUGUGCCCCGAAUGGCCACGAGGGACACGACCGUGGCUGGGUUUUUCCUGCCCAAAGGAACAGUCUUGUCCACCAACCUGACCUCCGUGCUGCACGACAAGGAUGAGUGGGAAACCCCCGAUGUGUUCAAUCCCGGCCAUUUCCUUGAGAACGGCCAGUUCAGGAAAAGGGAAGCGUUCAUCCCAUUCUCUGCAGGGAAGCGAGCGUGUCUCGGAGAGCUGCUGGCCAGGACGGAGCUUUUCCUUUUCUUCACUGCUCUGAUCCAGAAGUUCACUUUCCAGGCUCCAGAGAACGUGACUUUAACCCUCGACUUCCAGUUGGGCUUUACACUGGCUCCUCAGCGGUACAAGAUACACGCAUUCUCUCGCUGAGGGAAGGCACACUAUCCUUGAUCGGCUAUCAAUAUUUUCUGCCUUUCUGUUCUUGGGGGCCAUUGCGGGAAAAAAGGCAGCUAUGGUCCCUUGUGAUGCUCUGACUCAUUGCAGUGCCUUGAGCGUGUUUAAUUUCCUUGUUGGGCAUAUUUAAUUCCAUCGACAUUGACAUCAAUGUAUGUGUAUUACGUUUUUAUUUGUUUGUCUUUAUUUUCCCAUGCACCAUUCUGAGACCCAUGAAUGAAUGAAUGAAUGAAUGAAUGAUUCUCCA